GGACGCAAGGAGAGAAGCGAUGCCCUGAACUCUGCCAUUGACAAGAUGACCAAAAAGACCAGAGACUUGCGCAGACAGCUCCGCAAAGCUGUUAUGGACCAUGUAUCAGACUCUUUUCUGGAAACAAAUGUUCCACUUUUAGUAUUGAUUGAAGCUGCCAAGAAUGGCAAUGAAAAAGAAGUUAAAGAAUAUGCCCAGGUUUUCCGUGAACAUGCCAACAAAUUGAUUGAGGUUGCCAACUUGGCCUGUUCCAUCUCGAACAACGAAGAAGGUGUGAAGUUGGUUCGCAUGUCAGCCAGCCAGCUGGAGGCCCUGUGUCCCCAGGUCAUUAAUGCUGCACUGGCUCUGGCUGCUAAGCCCCAAAGCAAGCUGGCUCAGGAGAACAUGGAUCUCUUCAAAGAGCAGUGGGAGAGGCAGGUCCGUGUGCUGACGGAUGCUGUGGAUGACAUCACUUCCAUUGAUGACUUCCUGGCUGUAUCAGAGAAUCACAUUUUAGAAGAUGUGAACAAAUGUGUGAUUGCUCUCCAAGAGAAGGAUGUCGAUGGCUUAGACCGCACAGCUGGUGCGAUCCGGGGCCGCGCCGCCCGAGUCAUUCAUGUUGUCACGUCGGAAAUGGACAACUACGAGCCCGGAGUCUACACGGAGAAGGUGCUGGAAGCAACCAAGUUACUCUCCAACACAGUUAUGCCGCGGUUUACGGAGCAAGUGGAAGCUGCAGUGGAAGCCCUGAGCUCAGACCCCGCUCAGCCAAUGGAUGAGAACGAGUUCAUCGACGCCUCCCGGCUGGUGUACGACGGGAUCCGCGAUAUCAGGAAAGCCGUGCUGAUGAUCCGGACUCCUGAAGAGUUGGAUGAUUCUGACUUUGAGACCGAGGAUUUCGAUGUCCGAAGCAGAACCAGCAUCCAGACUGAAGAUGAUCAGCUCAUUGCUGGACAGAGUGCAAGGGCUAUCAUGGCUCAGCUCCCUCAAGAGCAGAAAGCCAAGAUCGCUGAGCAAGUCGCAAGCUUCCAGGAAGAAAAGAGCAAAUUGGAUGCUGAAGUGUCCAAAUGGGAUGACAGUGGCAAUGACAUCAUUGUCCUGGCCAAACAGAUGUGCAUGAUUAUGAUGGAAAUGACAGACUUCACCAGAGGUAAAGGUCCCCUGAAAAACACGUCAGAUGUGAUUAGUGCAGCCAAGAAGAUCGCAGAGGCUGGGUCGAGGAUGGACAAGCUGGGCCGGACCAUUGCUGACCACUGCCCUGACUCUGCCUGCAAGCAGGACCUGCUGGCGUACCUGCAGCGCAUCGCCCUGUACUGCCACCAGCUCAACAUCUGCAGCAAGGUGAAGGCUGAAGUGCAGAACCUCGGCGGGGAGCUCGUCGUCUCCGGGGUGGACAGUGCCAUGUCGCUGAUCCAGGCGGCCAAGAACCUGAUGAACGCGGUGGUGCAGACGGUGAAGGCGUCCUACGUGGCCUCCACCAAGUACCAGAAGUCCCAGGGCAUGGCUUCCCUCAACCUCCCCGCUGUCUCCUGGAAGAUGAAGGCUCCGGAGAAGAAGCCCCUGGUGAAGAGGGAGAAACAGGAUGAAACCCAGACUAAAAUCAAGAGGGCGUCCCAGAAGAAGCACGUGAACCCCGUGCAGGCUCUCAGCGAGUUCAAGGCCAUGGAGAGUAUCUAGAGGAGGCCUCUGGCUCGGGUGUGUUUUUCUCUAGCCCACUACUGCUACUUCCAGAACUCUACUUUUAAUACCCUAAGGAUUUUUCAGAAACUUACUAUUCCUCAAAAUGUAUUUACUUAAUAUAAUUUUGAUAACUUUGUUUAGAUUACAUGGGGAAAUACUCAAAUUUCUAAGUCCUAUCAGUGUAUCUUCAGCCUGCAGAAGUGUGUUAAUUUAGAUGGCUUUUAGAUUCCAGGGGUGGAUUUCUAGCUGGAAAUCGUUUUUUAUAAUCUUGCUUUAAAUGAAAUAUUCUGUAACCAAAGAGGAUUUUACAGUAACACUAACGGUUAACACUAAUAUUGAAUCCUGCUACUCAGAGACUCACUUUAUCAUGGUGAUCAAGAGAGGAAUCAAGUCUUUUCACUCAAAAAAAUAAUUAGUGGAAGUACUGUACAUUGUUAGUGUGUAUCCCUGUGGGUGGAGUGGAGAGGGAACAAGCUCAGAGGAGUCUGAAAGUGCAGCAGGCACUGGCUGUGGGACCACAACUGGCAAACAUCUGGGAAAACCAUUUACCCGUGCCUGGGUUGGGCUGUGCUGGGGACCAUGUUUGCAGAUGUGCUUGGUGGUGUGCUGGGGGUGUGAUGCUGCUUUUCCUGGGCUGCCCUGGAGCCCUUUCCCUGGGGUGCUUCCCACCGGCACGGGGGUCACUUCCCCGGAGCUCCGGGAGCCGAUCCACACGAACAUCCAGGGGGGUGGGCGAUCCUUCUGUGUGACACCGGACGGAAUUUGAAUGCCUGGUUACAAAUUACUAAUGUAUUUUGCUGCGGGACACUAAUAAAGUUGCUUUUCCCA